AUAAUAGACACAUGAAAUAUAUGUAGUCACAAUAUCAUGCGUGUGUGUGUGUUUGUUUAGGCGUUUUGUUGUUAACAUUCAUCAUAACAAACAGUGAGCAAUGCCGCGUAAUGUUGGCUCGGGAUCGCGCCUGUUGGAUCUAGGCGUUGUCUGCCUGAUAUGCUUGCGCGCUGAGACUGGAUACUGUUCCAUCUAUGGGCAGGAUCUGGAGACGCCGCAUAUGCUGAUUGUGGACAAGAUACGCAGCUGCAGUGCAUUGCAACUGGACCGAUCACUGCUCUCUCAAUUGCCGGAUAAGAUAUGUUACGGCUGUCGCAACGAGCUGAGCAUCACAUACCGUUUCCAGCAGAAAUGCCUUGAGGCGCAGAAGGUUUUGCAAUCAACAUCGACGGCCACACUACUGCUGGACGUUGACAAAAUGGAGUUGGAGCAGACUCAACAGCUCAAGUUGCCCACCAGCCUCAAAAUCAAGCGUCUUGAAACGGAGGCGGUCUCCUCCAACGAAGCCAUCAAGUAUUACAACGACGAUGAUGAUGAAGAUGAUGAUGCUGACGAUGAUGAUAAUGCGGACGCCAUAACGCUGAUGCAGCCAGAGAAUGCGGCAACAGCGCUGGUGCUAGCACAAAAUGUGACAGUCGACGCAUCCGACCAUGAGGAUGAGAAAAUGCUCGAAUUGGACGUUGACUGGGGCACAAAUCAAAUGGAGCAGGAACAGCAGCAGCUGCAUAGACUUUGCGAGUCGGAGCAAGAGCUGGACCUAGAGCUGGACCAGGAACAGGACCAGGAUCCGGAUGAUGAUGACUACAAAUUGCCCAACGAGCAGAGUAUUGUGGACACAUUCGCAACACCGUGCCUACAAUCUAGCAACAACAACAACAACAACAAUAGCAGCAGCAGCAACAACAACAACAAUAAUAAUAAUAACAAUAAUAAUAAUAAUAAUAUGCAAAACGUCGUUUUGCGAAAUCGACGACCCGCUGAGGCGAAGAUUUGUGAUAUCUGCGGCAACACGUACAAGUAUCAGCAUGCGCUAAACGCGCACAUGCGACGCCACAACAACGACCGACCAUAUCCGUGCGAGGUGUGCCAGAAGGCGUUCAUAUCGAACGUGGAGCUGCGGCGGCACAUGCGCGUUCACACUGGCCAGAAGCCGUAUGGCUGUCACUAUUGUGAGCGUCGAUUCUCGGAUUUUGGCAGUAGCAAAAAGCACGAACGCAUCCACACCGGCGAACGGCCGUAUGUCUGUGAGGUAUGCAACAAGGGAUUCGCCUAUGCCCAUGUGCUAUCCGUGCACCGGCGCACGCAUACGGGCAAAAAGCAGUUCCAGUGCACACAGUGCGACAAGGGAUUCACCAAGAAAUGCUACCUGACCACGCAUAUGGAACAGCAUCGCAUCGGUAAGCUAAGUACCAUAAAGGUGAGCACCGUCUCCCUCAAGCUGCCCACUCGCAAGCAUCAACAACAACAGCAGCAAAAGCGACCGGAACGACAGAUGCGCUAUGACAACAACAAAGAUGCAGCCAGCGGCGUUGCUGAUGGGGAUGUGGAUGUGGAUGCAUAUGCUCAUGAUGAGGACGAUGACUAUGAUGAUGAUGACAAUGUGAGUGCCAGCAUGGGCAUACGCACCCUUAACCAGAUGGGCGACGAGCAGACCAAGGUGCUGGAGGAGUGCAUUGUGAACAAUGAUUUCAUGCUCAACGACGAGGAUGUGGACGAACCGGAGCACGAUAUUGACGAUUAUCACGAUGCUGAGCUAGACGAAAGCGAUUUUCAGCAUGUGCAACAUGGCAAGGUGCCAUACGGGCUCGUCAGUGAUCUGCUAGACGCUGACGACUUGGUCAGCGAUACCAAAUACUUGAUGGAAUAGUGAAAUCCAUUCUCGACCCUAAAAUCCCCACCCUACACACAUUCGGUUUGCAUUGUCGAUCAAUCGGACUACCACAUAUAUCAUAUAGCUGCCAAUCCCAAUCGGUCGGAUGCAUUCGUACGAGUUAUAUGCUAUAUGUCUAUAUGCUUCGGUAUGCCGAAGUCUUACGCAAAGCUCCACCCAAAACAAAUUAGAAUAAUGCUCACACGCUGUGUAAAUAUAGCCGUUGGCAACGGUUUCCGACAUACUAUUUAUGUUAUUGUGCAACUAAUGUUCUCUUUUAAAAGCUUAAGAACAACUGUGUAAAUGAGGCGCAGGUUUUGCUCCAUAUAUGUAUAUGUAUAUAUAAAUAUAUAUACAUACAUACGUAUGCAGUAUAGCCAUAAUAUUAAGUUACUGUACAAAUAUGAUUGAUUGUAUGUUAGAAUAACGCACAGAUGCACGUGUUUCUCGAGUUUAUGGAUUAGUACACUUGUCAUUAGUUAAAAUCAGUUUUUAAAGCAAUUUAACUUUAACUAUAGUCUAAGUAUUUACGUUAUAUGUUUUAGGCAUUCGGACUGUAUGAGCUUCACUUGGCCCACAAUGAUAAUAGGAUUAGGGCAAUUUUAUCCGUAGUAAAUAAAUAUAUAUAUUUAUAUACAUUUAUAAAUAUAAAUAUUUUCAGCCUGUAAAUGGCGACAUUCUGCAUUGUUCUUUUGUGUAUUUUUUCGGCGGG